UUCACACACUUGUUUUAACUUAUCCUCUACUCUUUUCUCUUUUCAUGUGUUACCUUCAAUCGUCGGCAAUAAUUCACUUUGAUGGAAACUAACAGUUAGCUUAUUUUACUCCAAAUUCAACCUUUAUACAUCUCAGGCAAAAGAUAUAAGGCAAGAAGCAGGCCUGAUCAGGGCCCUCAAGCCUAUAUGAGUUGCAUUUUAAUAUAGCGGAACUUUGAGUUUGAACUUGUCAUAUUGCAAACGCUUAUUCCUAUGCUCUCAAACUGGACAUUGCUAGGUAUUUGAGCACCAUAUUCAUAUUAGAGCGUUGCCCCGAGAAGCAAGCCAGAAGGCUCUCACACACAAUUGGAAACUGCAAUAUAUAAUGCUGGAAGAUCCUCAGAAUAAUGAAUGAUCAUCAACAACCGCUCUUAACAACAGAUAAUUCCAGACCUUUAACGGAAGCAGCAGCAGGAAUAAACCCCCGUUAUGGCAUCUUUAGUCUAGUCACAUUCUCUUGGUUGACCCCGUUAGUUGUCACUGGACACAAGAAAGCAUUAGACCUCGAGGAGGAUGUGCCUCACCUUUAUGGCGUCGAUAGUGUCAAAGGGUCCUUCCCCGUAUUUAAGAAUUACUUGGAAACCCCCAAUCACAACCGCCUUCUUACAACUUUCGGCCUUGUCAAGGCUUUGAUCCACACCACAUGGAAAGACAUCCUACUCACAGCAUUUCUUGCUGUUCUAUACACCCUUGCUUCUUAUGUUGGUCCUUAUCUCAUUGAUGCAUUUGUUCAAUUCCUCAACGGAAAUCGCCAUUCUAAACUUGAUGGUUAUCUUUUCGUUUUUAUCUUCUUUCUUGCCAAACUUGUGGAAUCUGUGUCACAAAGACAUUGGUUCUUUAACUUGCAAAAAGGUGGAAUUCGGGCUCGGGCAGCUCUUGUUGCCAUCAUUUACCAAAAAGGUUUGGCCCUCUCAACCCACUCAAAAAUCAGGCACUCUAGUGGUGAGAUCACUAAUCUCAUAGCCAUUGAUGCUGAAAGGGUGAAUGAUUUUGCUUGGUACAUACACGAUAUAUGGCUAGCAAUCUUGCAGGUUGGCUUGGCCUUAGCAAUUUUAUAUCGGAAUCUUGGGAUCGCUUCACUUGCUGCAUUAGUAGCCAUUGGUAUCAUACUGUUGGCUAAUAUUCCUCUAGGGAGUUUACAGGAGAAGUUUCAAGACCAGUUAAUGACAUCAAAGGAUACCAGGAUGAAAACAACAUCUGAACUUUUGACUGCCAUGAGAAUCCUCAAACUUCAGGGCUGGGAGAUGAAAUUUUUGUCCAAGAUUUUUGAGCUUAGAAGUCUUGAAACAAAAUGGUUGAAAAUGUUCUUGUGUACUUCCACCACAAUCAUAUCUAUAUGUUGGGUUGCCCCAACUUUCAUAGCCGCAGUCACUUUUGUGACAUGUAUGGUUUUAGGGACCCCUCUCGAACCUGGGAAGCUAUUGUCCGCAAUUGCAACAUUUAAACUACUUCAACAACCGAUUUACAAUCUCCCUGAUACGGUAUCAAUGAUCUCACAGGUGAAAGUCUCAUUAGAUCGUAUCACAUCAUAUCUCAAUCUGGAUGACUUAGAUUCUAAUCUUGUAGAGACGUUCCAACGAAGUAGUUCUAAUGUUGCAAUCAGAAUAACCAAUGGAAGCUUUUCAUGGUCUGGUGAACCAACAUUGAGUGAUAUAAACAUACAAAUUUUUCAUGGUAUGAAAGUCGCAGUUUGUGGUACAGUCGCGUCAGGAAAAUCGAGUUUACUUUCAUGUGUUCUUGGGGAAGUGCCUAAAGUAUCAGGAAGUGUAUAUAUCAGUGGUACAAAAGCUUAUGUUGCUCAGUCUCCAUGGAUACAGAGUGGGAAGAUUGAAGAGAACAUCUUAUUUGGUAAAGACAUGGAUAGAGUAAGGUAUGAUAAGGUUCUAGAUGCCUGUGCCCUCAAGAAAGACUUGGAAAUUCUUCCUUUCGGUGAUCAAACAGUUAUAGGCGAGCGGGGAAUCAAUUUGAGCGGUGGUCAGAAACAGAGGUUACAGAUUGCACGCGCUUUAUAUCAAGAUGCUGAUAAUUAUCUAUUUGAUGAUCCGUUCAGUGCAGUUGAUGCUCAUACAGGAAGCCAUCUCUUUAAAGAAUGUCUACUGGAAUUUCUAGAGUCAAAAACAGUUAUUUAUGUCACCCACCAAGUAGAGUUCCUCCCCAUGGCCGAUCUUAUCCUGGUCUUAAAAAGUGGAAGGAUCGUACAAGCUGGAAAUUAUAAUGACAUUCUCAAUUCCGGAAGUGCGUUUAUGGAACUUGUUGGUGCACAUAAUGAAGCUUUAUCAAUAAUUGAUUCCAUAGAGACGAGUUCCAAAUCUGAAAAUACAAAAGUUAUUGAAAAGGGCAUGGUUGAUGUUGAAUCCAAUGAUACAAAAGGGACGAAAACCCAGAUUAUUCAGAAAGAAGAACGAGAAAAAGGAAGUGUUGGUUUUUCUAUCUACUGCAAAUACAUUACAAGUGCUUUCGGUGGUGCUCUUGUGCCUUGCAUAUUACUGGCAGCAAUCAUUUUCGAGGUAGUUCAAGUUGCAAGUACUUACUGGUUGGCUUGGGCUUCACCAGUAUCAGAAGACAUGGUGCCUCCAGUUAAAGGAUCUACACUCAUAGUCGUUUAUGUAGGUUUAGCAAUCGGAAGCACUUUCUGCAUAUUUGGUAGAGCAAUGUGUCUUACAACAGCUGGUUAUAAGACGGCCAAUCUACUAUUCCACGAAAUGCAUUUAUGCAUAUUUCGUGCUCCUAUGUCUUUCUUUGAUGCUACCCCAAGCGGACGCAUCCUAAAUAGAGUAUCCACAGAUCAAAGUGCAGUGGAUUUGACAAUUCCAAAUUCAAUUGGCGCUUUUGCAUUCGCACUAGUACAGCUUCUAGCUGUCAUCGCUCUCAUGUGUCAGAUCUCAUGGCAGGUGUUCCUGGUUUUCAUUCCCAUUAUUACUAUUUGCAUAUGGUUACAGCAAUAUCAUAUCUCUUCAGCAAGAGAGUUAGCACGACUAGUUGGUGUACACAAAGCUCCCAUAAUACAACAUUUUUCAGAAACUGUGUCGGGUUUAACAACCAUAAGGAGCUCCAACCAACAACAGAGAUUUCAAGAUACAAAUAUGAAAUUGAUUGAUGCAUAUUCCCGACCAAAGUUUCACAGUGCCGCUGCUAUAGAAUGGCUAUCAUUCAGGGUGCAAAUGCUGUCGUUGGUCAUAUUUGCUUUUUGCUUAGUUUUCUUACUGAUUAUCCCAAAUGAGACCUUUGAUCCAACUAUCGCGGGAUUGGUGGUAACAUACGGGCUUAAUUUGAACAACCUACAAGCUUCAAUGAUAUGGAAAUUAUGCAACAUGGAGAACAGCAUUAUAUCUGUUGAAAGAAUACUUCAAUACACAUCAAUCCCCAGUGAGGCGCCUCUUGUAGAAUCAAAGAGGCCAAACGACCUAUGGCCGUCACAUGGAGAAGUAGAUAUCCAUGACCUUCAGGUACGUUAUGCCCCACACAUGCCCCUUGUGUUAAGAGGACUUACAUGCACUUUUCAUGGAGGUACCAAGACGGGAAUUGUGGGAAGGACAGGUAGUGGUAAAUCAACACUUAUGCAGACACUAUUUCGAAUUGUUGAACCAAGCAGGGGAGAAAUUUUCAUAGAUGAGAUUAAUAUAUCAUCAAUUGGGCUUCAUGAUUUACGGUCAAGAUUGAGCAUAAUCCCUCAAGAUCCAACCAUGUUCCAAGGGAGUGUUAGAAGCAAUCUUGAUCCGCUUGAACAGUAUACUGAAGAAGAGAUUUGGGAGGCUCUAGAUAAGUGUCAGCUGGGGGAUGAGGUUAGGACGAAAGAAGGAAAACUUGAUUCGGUAGUUGAUGAAAAUGGAGAGAACUGGAGCAUGGGUCAAAGACAACUGGUGUGUCUUGGCCGGGUGCUACUAAAGAGAAGCAAGAUUUUGGUGCUUGAUGAAGCUACUGCAUCCGUUGAUACAUCAACUGAUAAUAAGAUACAUCAAACACUAGCGAAGCAUUUCUCUGACUCGACUGUGAUCACAAUUGCACAUCGAAUCACGUCUGUGCUCAAGGGUGACAUGGUUUUAGUGUUGGAACAAGGCCUCAUCGAGGAAUAUGAUUCACCAUUGAAGUUAUUGGAAAACAAAUCUUCUUCCUUUGCAAAGCUUGUUGCUGAAUACCGCGGAAGAUCAGGUUCCAGCUAUGGAACCUAGGUAGUAUUUAUUCACAUAAAAAACAAAUCUGGCCGGGACGUGAUCUUCAAAAACAAAGAAUAGCAACAUGCUAUGAAAUCUAAAAAUAACUACAGAAUAUAAAAAUGAAUUAUAAUAUCACACCAGUAUUUCUAUAAUCCUAUUGGUAAUAUUUACAUUUUGAACUCUACAUAUUAAACCCAUUUAUAUUAUCUAAUGCCUAUAUAUGUAUUUUCUGCUGAUC